UUUUGGCAUGCUUCAAUUGUCCACUUCACGUUUUUCUACGCAACACUGAACAAGUCCGGUGAUUCGAAGUUUCAAGUUGCCAUGGAUGUACCUCUAACUGUUCCCGUGCUGCUAAUUCUUCUCAGCAUGAUCAAUUACCACACCGCCAUUGCAGACUUUUGUGUACGAGACUCUUACUACGCCUUCACUCAGGCGUGCGGACGGCCCUGUGUGAAGGACGAAGAGUGCGAUGUGGAGUACCGCUGUCUGUGCGAUCACAAAUGUGGCCAAACCUGUGUCAAUUAUGGGGAGACACGCUGUUAUCCACCAGCCUUCCCACAACACGGAUUUGUGCGCCUCAUGACCGUCAGAUUCCCACCGUUCGAUGCCCUGGACCAGCUGGGAGCUCAGGCCAUCUAUGGUUGUAUCGGAGACUACGUGUUGAUCGGGGCCAACAUACGCGUGUGCAUGGGGAGCGGGAAAUGGAGCGGCGACGAGCCAGUCUGUUAUGGACCUGUUUCCGAUGAGGACUGGUAUGGCGUUUGCGGGCCUGUGCCAACCUUGGCUCACGCGCAGCAUCAUGCCGAGAAUGUUACUGUUGGAAGUGUCGCGCAUUACGUCUGCGCCGAGGGUUAUUACCAUCUCGGACAAAUCACAACGAUCAGCUGUCAACUCAAUGGUGCAUGGAGUGCUCCCAAGACGGCGUGCAAACGUGUGAUAUGCGGAAGUCUCUCAGCACCGCUGCACGGACAGAUACACGGACUGGACUUCCGCUAUGGAGCUGAUGUUCUCUACACGUGUGAUGAUGGCUUUAUUCUGGUGGGGACUGCACGUCGCACAUGUCAGGCGGACGGGACCUGGAGCGGGGAGUCCCCGCUCUGUCAGGCUGUAGACUGCGGCCAGCCGCCGGCUUUACCUAACGGCCAUUGGAUGGGCAGUGAUUUCACUUACAGCCAUGCAGUACAGUACUUCUGUGAUGAAGGCUUCGCUCUGGUGGACGGUUCAGAACAGAGCAGGUGUGGCAGCGAUGGGCAGUUGAGCGGACACCAGCCCAGCUGUAAAGCUGUUGACUGUGGGGACCCAGGAAUCCCCGCUCACAGUAUCCGCAGGAUGGACAGAACGGGCGGGACAGGAUACGACACUACAGUCUAUUACAGUUGUGAGGAAGGGUACGAGCUUUUUGGUUCAGCGACAAGGACAUGUACUUUGGAGGGUGUCUGGGAUGGAGAAUAUCCGCAAUGUCACAAAUCCUGUGAAGGCUGGCCGCCAGUGGUAACCAAUGCCGACAGAGAACUGCCGGAAAGAGCUGUUCACCUGGCGACAGUCACGUACAUCUGCGAAAAGAACUAUCGGAUGGAGGGCCCUGACAAGGUCCGAUGUCUGGAUGGAGUGUGGCAGACCAGACUUCCUGUGUGCGUUACAACAGCGUGUAAUGUCAACCUGGACUCACCUUGUUCAAACGAGUUUCCGUACAGCCACGUACACAAAGUAAAGGUAUGGCCAACUGUCGCCGUGAGCCAGGUCGUUUUGGCUCGACCAGGUCAGGAUCUCCAGUUGGACUGCAUUAACACCUUGCCUAGCUACUACAAUCCGCGUUGGAAGAUGGCUGGCAGAACUACUAUCCGCCAUACACAAAUGCGUGUCGGGGAGACGUUAUGGCAGCGACUUCUCAUGACCAACUUACAGGCAGGGGAUACAGGGCUGUAUCUCUGCGAGACAUUCGAUGGAUCCAGUAACGCCAUCUAUGUCACUGUUGAGGAAACCUGCUCCAUGCUAGAUGUAGACGAGUAUGUCAGAUUGAGCGGACAAGAUCACCGGGAGGGAGACGUUGUUUCUUUCUCCUGUGAAGAAGGAUAUAGUCUGACUGGACCGACCAGCAUCGCCUGCCAACACGGUGUCUGGUCAGCCAAGCCCCCUACCUGCAGUAAAAAGACAUGUGGGAGCCGUCGUCUUCAGGACCCAGCUGAUGGCUACAGCACCGUCCUGGAGCAGCCAGCAUCGGACACGGUCAACCAGACCUUCUACUGUGUUGUUGGGUACGAGCUGCACGGGUCUGAACAGGUUACCUGUGCCAAUGGGGAUUGGUACGGCAGCGUCCCCGAAUGUUUACCGCGGUUGGACAAGAUGACAAUGCGGACAGAUUGGAGUAUUGUCCGGAGGACGGUCCAGGUGAGAGAAGGUUCGGAGAACGUGACCGUGGAGUGCAGACUGACACAGGAACCAGCAGUCAGCAAUACGUCUGGAGGCCCCUUCACAAUCAAUGGCAUGGAGAUACCGAACAGUAUACAGUACCCUCUAAGCGAUGGAAGGCACACUUGGCAAGUGGAGAUAAGAAAAGUGUCUGCUGCUGACCACAGUGGAAGACUUGAGUGUCGGGACAGCGCUGGGAGGGCUGAGUACAUCAACCUGGACAUCAUCGCUUCCUGCUCUGGCCAUUUCCGAACACCAGAGUUUGGUUACUGCCAGGCCAGCCCGGAUUGUGAACUGCUGUAUGAGGGCAACACUGUCGAGUUUGACUGCUAUCCUGGGUACGUCCUUGUUGGACAAAAUAUCCAAACCUGCACGGCAAACGGGUGGGACGCUGAAGACAUCCAAUGCGUGCCAAAGUUGACUUUCCAGCUGCAACACGGCCUGGUGCCACGUGCUCACGGAGACGUGAUAGAGGUGUAUACUGGAGCGGACCUCGCCCUGGACUGUACACUGACAUCUGGGGGAAAACAUCGUGUUCCGGAACUCUCGUGGAAGUGGCAACCAUGGAACAGUCAAACCAGUUCAAGCAAUCAAAGCACUGCGACGGACUUUUUUGAUCAGUUCUUCGUCCAUGACGAAACCCACAAGCGUCUCUUCCUUCCGUCCAUCUCCAAGCAGCACGCCGGGAACUACACCUGUCAGGUGGGCAGUCCGGACAACCAAGGAGCCACUGUAGUUGUUCAAGUACUCAAUUCGUGCAGCAGGCUUCUGCCGCCUCAGAAUGGGACAGUGACGCGCUGGAGCCACACGGUGGGGACGGAGGUGUCGUACUCGUGCCACGAGCAGUAUACUCUCGUGGGGAACAGCACCAGACGGUGCCAGUCCACAGGGCAAUGGACAGGUUCAAAGCCCUAUUGUCAAGUGUACAGGUGCAGGGAGGUGAGCGCUCCGGUACACGGCGGGAUGACUCCGACAUCUUUCCUGCUGGGGUCCAUUGUUUCCUUCUGGUGUGAGCGCGGUUAUAACCUGAGCUCGGAGGUGGACCUGGUGUGUGAAGAUGACGGCACGUGGAGCAGCAAGGUUCCAGACUGCAUCAGUCACUGUGAACAUCACGCCUGUGGGAAAGGUGAGAAAUGCGUUCUUCUUGACGGAACGCCGGCUUGUGUCUGUAAGACGGCGACAGACUGCUCGGUGAUGCCAGGGCCAGUCUGUGGAUCGGAUGCAGAGACGUAUAGGAAUGAGUGUCAGAUGGAAGUGACAUCCUGCUCUCUUGGAAAAGACAUCAGCGUGGUUCACACUGGCUUCUGUAAAAAUGCUGGUCUGUGCUACGACGUACCAGUUGCUGUUCCUGAUAAUGAUCUGACCCAGUGCACCCAUCAGUACUACAUGGAUAACGGUACGGCCAGCUGUGAGCUCGUCCCCGCUGGGACAUGCAUGACAGGACUUCAGGGUUUCCAAUCCAAGGAGCAAUGUGAUGCUGCGUGCGAAGCAUCUAUGGUGUGCGGUAUGCGUCCUGCAAUCACUGGGAACUGCAGUCUUAGUCUUGCCCGCUGGAGCUACCAUCCUCACGCUGAUGAUUGUCUACCUUUCGUCUACACGGGGUGUGGUGGGAAUGAAAACAACUUCCUGUCCAGGGAUCAAUGUCUGCAGACCUGCCCAGUGCGCUGCAAGACGUGUGAAGCAGUGAUGCAGUUAAACACGGCUUGCCGAUUUUCGACCCUCCUUGGAUCACACGCUCUGAAGACCAAAGUCCUGCAGGUUGCUGCAGACAAGUCCUGGGUGACCCUGAACGUUGAGGAAAGCCUUCAUUUGCCGAUCUCAGAGCUACCAGCAGGAAACCUGACUGUCCCUGUGAUGUCCUCACAAGGCUCCUGUGGAUGCCACCCUCCCCGUCUCCUGCCGCUGGACUCUUCUUAUCUCAUCAUCUUCACCUACCAGCUGUUAGUGGUGGAUGAAACCACGUAUGUGGAGUUGUGGAACAGUGAAGUCGAACGGCAACUCAACAGUCUUUCCAACUGUGUCGUAAUGCAGUCUAAUCCUGGAUACAAGAACUAGUGCAGUAACACAAGAAGUCUACUACUGGACAGUAGUGCAGUAACACAAGAGGUCUACUACUGGACAGUAGUGUAGUAACACAAGAAAUCUACUACUAGACAGUAGUGUAGUAACAAACGCAAUCUACUCCUGGACAGGAGAAGUGUAAUAACAUAAGACGUCGGCUACUGGAUAGUAGUUUUGUAACACAACACGUCUACUCCUCUACAGGAGAAGUGCAGUAACACAAGAAGUCUACUCCUCUACAUAAUUGUAGUAACAGAAAAAGUCUACUAUUGGACAAAGGUUAAGUUUAGUAUGAGUAACAUGCAAUGAUAUAGAUGAAACUUGGACUUUAAUUAAGCAUUAUAGACUGACUUGUGUUUAAAUGCUUGUGUGUUAUCGUUAAAAUUCCUCAU